CUCUACUACGAGCUCGCUGAACCGACGAACCUGUCCGAGAUCUCCUGCCGCAUCCUGUUCGCCAGUCUCGGUGUCCCCACCUACGUCUCCUGCAUUCUCAUGCUACUCAUUGCAAUUGAUCGUUACCGCAGUAUACUCUAUCCCCUGAGAAAAAGAAUAUCCUCCGGAUUUGCGAUUUUUCUUCUCUUGGCAAGCGUACUGUUCAGUAUGGUUGCUGCCUCGCCAGUUGCCUAUUUCACGAGUGUACAGAAGGUUUUACUAAAAUUGGAUUCCAGUGAGGAGGACUCUAUCGUCGACGAAACAGUCAGUCAGUCUACAUCGUCUGAGGCUGAAGGUCUCGAUAUUCCUGUAAAGCAUUUUGCCGAAUAA